AUGGCGGAGGAGUUUCGGGAGGUGGCUAGAGGCACAGAAAUGCUCGAGCGAGUUGGGGGAAAGCUUCCUGGGGUUGAGCGGAUCAGCCUGGUGUUCGGCCCUCUGCUGCAGCCGACGGUGAACACCAGCAGCUUGUUCCUCAUCAGAUACCUCAAAUGCGACGGCGUGGAUGCCAUGGACGACAGGGUGAGGAACAUGGUGGACGUCAGGGACGUCGCCGACGCCCUUGUGCUGGCGUACGAGCGUCCAGAGGCGGACGGCCGGUACAUCUGCAGUGUGCACGCCAGGAAGGUGUUCGAAAUGGUUUCUGUCGUCAGGAGCCUGCAUCCGGACCUGAACUGCCAAAACAAGUUCGUUCAACUGGUGGGAGAUGAGAAGGUGUUCAGCUCCGAGAAGCUGCAGAAGCUCGGGUGGAAGUUCAGGACGAUGGAGGAAACGCUCAAGGAUAGCGUUGAGUCCUACAUGUCUGCACGCAUACAGAUUUGCAUCAACUAA